ACUUCCGAUUCUAGGAAAAGCUGGAGUUGCUUUUGUUUAACAAAACAGUCAGUCCACUCUUAAUUUAUAGAUUAGUCUACACUUGGAAUGUUUAGCUUUAAGAUAUUUUGUUUUAGAAAUUAAAUCAAUAAAUAUUUUGGAAAUGUAGCAUGAACUAAUUGUUAAAGCUUGAAUACUGUGUUUUUAUCCUAGUAAGAGAGCGAAAGAAGUCAAAAGGGGAAUUUUCAGUCCCUUCGAAAGUUCGACUUCCAUGACGCGUUUCACAGUCCACAGUUUCAAAUACCAGAAAAGACAGAUCAGCAAUCCAUGAUUUGUGAAUUUCUGUAUCUAACCCAAAUUCGGUGUCUAACCAGUCUCGGUUUUAAGUACAUUGUUUUAUUUGACCCUGAAAGAUACCACCACAUUGCACAUUAAAACAUGACUACUAUUUAUUAUAGAAUAGAUGAUAAAAAUGAAACCAGUACUUAAUUAUUUAUUUUAUAUUAUACACUUAGUAAAAUAAGUUGAAGUAACUUUUAUAAUUCCUUGUAGUAGUUAGUAGAGUAGUUAUAAAAAUACUAAAACAUAGCUAUUACUACUAGUAAGUUUAGUAAGAGUAGAGAUAGAUAGGGACCUUUGACAUUGGCAACUGUUAAAGUUUACUAAACUAGGUUAAAGCUAAGGCCAAGGCCUACUGAUUUUUAUUGGGUGCCUUUUAAGAUUUACCGUCUGCAGUCUACCCAACUGGAUUAACUGCAUAACAUUGAUAACAUUAAUCAGAGUUAGACAAAACAUCUCUUACCCAAACUAACAAUCAAAGUUUUAAUCAUGAGCUACAUUACAUUUUUUUUUAAAAAGUCAAAUAAUGAUUACCAUGGGAUGUUGAUGAUUCAUCAGCUGAUCAUGUAAUCAGAAACAGUCAAAUUUUAUAAGUUCCAUCUUUUGUAAAAGCUACAUAAAUUAACGAACCACACUGAAUGAUAAAGUUUAUUCUCUCAGUCAAUAAAUUUUUUUUAUAUAUAUUGUACUGGGCAAUUUUGAAAAUUCAUAUUGCGCUUGUGUUUUUUUAACAUAGUCUUUGCAUUAUUUUAAUAGUGUAAGCAGGAUAAAGACAUAGAAAAUGGCCCAAGGCUUUAAUAAGCAACAAGCAGCUCAAGAUCUUAAGCAAAUAUUGAAAGUUGAUGACAGGGAAAGCAGAGAGGAAACAGCAGCUACAGAGAAAAGGAAAUCUAAAAAGAUUGCAGAAGAAAAUACCAUGGAGAAAGAGCUAAACCAGAAUCAAGGCACACACUCAAACAGUAAUGGCAAUGCGCUACUCUCCACAAACAUAAUCCAACCCAUUCUAGAUUCAGAUCAUGUGAAGACUCCCCAUAGGACUGUUGUAAAGGAAGUACAAUUACCUAAAAAAAAGAAAAAAGGCAGAAAUGCAAAUCUAGAAAAGUUCUCAGAAACCGAUUCACCAGCUGCAAAUAAAAAUCAGAAUGUAGAUCCGAUCAACAAAAGUACUGAUGGCUUAUCUAGUCAAAAGCUCUCAUCUAGCUAUAUAGAAGUAGAAGACAAGAACAUUUCGGAAAACUUCUCUGACCCUAAACCAGUUUUAGCUAUUUUAAAAAAACCAUUGGAAACAUUGAACCAAAAGAAAGGAAAUGAGGGAGCUUCGAAAAACAGGUCAGAAACAAGUGCUGGUAGACAAAGAGAUUGGAGAAAUGAGGAUAGGGGUGGCCCCUCACGGAAAGGUUAUAAUGGUGACAAACGUCCAAAUCAGUCAGAUGAGAAGGGUGGGGGUUUUAGACGAGCAGAUAGCCUUGUGAAUCAAGCCAGUCAGCCAGAUCGUAAUAAUACCAAUAAUAAUAAGCCAAGACCAGCAAAGUUGGGCGGUAAGUUGUGUCAAUGCUUUAAUGAGUGUCAUAGUCAUUUGGUUUGUCAAAUUAAAUAUAUAAAUUGAAUUAAUAUUUUUCAAAACAACUUUAUAGAUUAAGCCAUUAUUAGAAAUGCUAACAAGAUUUUAAAAGAAUUGUUAUUUAUAACCUAUCAGUUGUUGUAUGUAUUAGUUGCUUUUAGUUUUAGGAAACGCAUAGUUAGAUAUAUUUUUAUUAACUUUAAAAAUGUAUAUAAAAAAAAAUAAAACUGUCAUCUCACAAACUGACUGCUUUUAACUGUUUCAAAUAUAAUUUUCAGAAGAAGAUCUGAGUCCUCAGUUUUUGCAAAGUCUUGAAGACAACAAGAUGCAUGUUUUGAAGAAGGUACGAUAUAUUUUAUUUGUCCUUUUAACAUGCCAUUAUAUAGUUUUAACAAAUUUAAUCUGUUUUAAGAUUUGGUUCAUUAGAUGAACAAUACAAAACAAAGGACUGAAAACCAGUAUGCAAAUAGAAAUGAUACCAAAUAUAGUGAUACCUAUUAACAAUAAUCAGUUUAAUUAUACCAUUAAGUUGAUAUUAAGAUACAGAAUAAAAUAUACAGAAAUAAAAAUGAAAUGUAUGAAACUAGAAAGGUGCAAAUAUCAAUCCAUACACACAGUGAAAAAUCUAGUAAGUCUUGUUUGGCUCCUAAAAGUCUAGUACAUGUCUGCCGGUCACAGUUGACUGUCAUAUUUAUAAUUAGGAAGUCAGAACCCUCAGGAACAUAAAGUCUAGAAAAUAGGGUAGUGGUAGAAAGGAGUGGCAGUGUUAAUUGGUGAUGGCAAAAGGGGGGGGGGGGGGGGGGUUGUUUAAGAUUGCAGGCCAUGGCUUAAGUUGGAAAAAAAAAACUAGAUCCACACACAGGCUAUAACGGUCAUCAUUUAUGCCUUGAGGUAUGAGUUGGUGAGGUGUUUAUUUUAUCUCUACCAAUAUAGGGAAAAAAUAAAAGAUUCACUUUCAUCAUUUGUUUCUUUUCCAUUACUGCCGAUAGAGUCUGGUAAAAUGGCUUUGGAUUACUCUCAGGAUGCAUUUAUUUUUCUAAAACUCUAUAAGUUUCUUUGUGUUGUAUGUAAUACCACUGACUAAUGAUUUGCCCAUUUUAUAAAUCUCCUGUUUCAUCAUAGAAAAAUCAGCGCUUUCCAAAAGCUAAGUUUUUCUGCCGUUUGUGCGACUAUCACCUGGAUCAAGCUGAAGAUUGUGAGAAACAUAUUAAAGACAAUAGACAUUGCAGACGUAGAGAGGUACUAUCUCUUUCCGUAAAUUUUUCUUUUCGCAGAAGUAAUUUUGUAUUUGUGCAAUAAAUAUAUGCUCAGAUUUUUAUCAUAUUUAAACCAAAUUCCUUGUUGGGAUGUGAUUGUUUGUACAUUUAUUUUUCAAAACUCAUGCUGUGUGACAGGAACUUUUCUUUGAUUAAUUUUUUUUUUUAAAUAGAUAAACGCCAUGGACUCCAUUCUUAAGUCCAUACCACCCCCAAGUAUAUCUCAGCUGGAUGCCCUUUCAGCAUCUUUAGAUCAGGUCUAUGAACAACAAGGCAUUGAUGAGUGGGAACAAAAGUCAAGACAAGAGAUUGUCAAUAGGUUGGAAAGCAGCAUACAAGAACGUAUCCCAGGUCUGGUAUACCAAAUGUGACCAUACAAAAUGUACAUAUCAUAAAUAAUAUUAGUUUUAACAAGUAAAUAAUUUAAAAUGAUUCCUUUGAUUUAUUUAUAGAUAUGAGGAAAAAAAGUAGGCUUGUAACAGAAAAGUGGGGACUUGCAUAUGAGUGAAAAAAUAUUUAUACACUUACAUUUUAUAGAGAUGUAGCCAAGCUAACCUAUUUCUGUUCAUCUUAAAAUAAUGAAAUGGUGUCAAGUGGUAAUUUGGAAUGUAAAAAAAAAAUUGUUUAAUUAAGAUUUGAUUUAAAAUUCACAAAUAAAGUGACGUCACCAUAGUUUUUGAAAGGUUUUAAAUUGUGGAAAACACACUUAGCCAUUUGUCAAUUGGAAAAUAUUUGUUUUUUUUUAAAUUUUAUUCUGAUGCUAAAAAUAUCUUUAUUCAAAUAUGCUAAUGUUACAGACAAAACAAUAACACUAUUAAAAAAAGUGUACACAACAUAAAUUUUGCUCUACCUUCCAGAGGUCCUAAUGUUUAUGUAUGGUUCAUCACUCACCGGCUUUGGUUUGAAGUCAGCUGACAUAAAUGUGGACUUGAACUCAUCAGACAAAAAAAUGAAAAUGACUUACUUGCUCAAAGAAAUUUAUCUCAUCCUCAAGGACAGAACAGGUAGAGGGACAUUUUUAACAGAUCUAUACGCCAAUGUCAAUCUAACAAUUAUUAAACUUAACUUUUAUGAAAGAAAACAUUAUGUAAAAAAAAGUAUUUUCAUAGAAGACUAAAUUAAGACUCUUAAAGUCAAUGAUUUCAAUACCAAUAAACUUGUUGCACUUAAUUUAUGAAACGCUUUUCUUUCAUUAAACUAAAAGCUUCAUAUACUUGUAUAAGAUAGUUUCACAUUGAAGUUAAAAGCAUAAACUCCUUGCUGAUUGUGCUAUCCAAACAAAAAAAUGAUACUGACUUCUCAAUCAAAGUGUGGCCUAGAACAGCGGUUCUCAACCUGUGGGUCGCGACCCCUUUGGGGGUCGUGCAACCCUUUCCCAGGGGUCGCCUAAGACCAUCUGAAAACACAUAUCCUAACAGCUAUGAAGUAGCAACGAAAAUAAUUGUGUGGGUCGGGGUCGCCAAUACACGAGAAACUGUAUUAAAGGGUCGCGGCACUAGGAAGGUUGAGAACCACUGUCCUAGAAGAAGGAUUCCCAAUACUAGAUGUGGCUUCUGAAAUUGAAGAGAAACGACACCUACCCACCAACAGAUAGAGAAGUCUUGUAAAUCAUACCUAAUGACUUAUCCCCAAACCAACAUUGAGAAACUGCCUGCAGAAAAGUGUGAACGCGUCACAUACAAGGAUUGCUGCAGAAAAAAAAUCAUACCAUCCUAUCCCAAGGAUAUAAUCUAAAUAUAUACAGAUGGGUCAGCUUUUAAAGCAGUCCUAGAUGCAAGAUGAGAUGUACAAAUAUACUCAGACGAAUCGUGUGAUGAACUCUGCAACCCCUGUGGGGCAAUCUUCUGUAAUUAUGAAGUUAUGAAGCAAAACUGACUGCUAUUGAAGGAGUGCUACACCACCUCUUUACACUCUUCAUAAUUUCUUCCAGUAAACAAAGAAUGGUUGUUAUUUCUCCGAUUGCCAAGCAAUUAUUCAGGCAGCUGAUCAUCAAGACCUCGCAUCUUCAGUAAAAUUACUACUUUUGAAAAUAAACACCUUCCUCGAAACCUAUGCAGUCAAACUAAUCUUACAGUUGAUACCAAGACACCAGUGUACCAGGAAAUGAAGAAGCAGACGCUUUUUCAAAACAGGGAUCAUCCAAGGAACAGCAGAACAUACCUGCAUCACUCAACACAACCAAACAUACCUACAUCACUCAACACAACCAAACAUACCUACAUCACUCAACACAACCAAACAUACCUACAUCACUCAACACAACCAAACAUACCUACAUCACUCAAAACAACCAAACAUACCUACAUCACUCAACACAACCAAACAUACCUACAUCACUCAACACAACCAAACAUACCUACAUCACUCAACACAACCAAACAUACCUACAUCACUCAACACAACCAAACAUACCUACAUCACUCAACACAACCAAACAUACCUACAUCACUCAACACAACCAAACAUACCUACAUCACUCAACACAACCAAACAUACCUACAUCACUCAACACAACCAAACAUACCUACAUCACUCAACACAACCAAACAUACCUACAUCACUCAACACAACCAAACAUACCUACAUCACUCAACACAACCAAACAUACCUACAUCACUCAACACAACCAAACAUACCUACAUCACUCAACACAACCAAACAUACCUACAUCACUCAACACAACCAAACAUACCUACAUCACUCAACACAACCAAACAUACCUACAUCACUCAACACAACCAAACAUACCUACAUCACUCAACACAACCAAACAUACCUACAUCACUCAACACAACCAAACAUACCUACAUCACUCAACACAACCAAACAUACCUACAUCACUCAACACAACCAAACAUACCUACAUCACUCAACACAACCAAACAUACCUACAUCACUCAACACAACCAAACAUACCUACAUCACUCAACACAACCAAACAUACCUACAUCACUCAACACAACCAAACAUACCUACAUCACUCAACACAACCAAACAUACCUACAUCACUCAACACAACCAAACAUACCUACAUCACUCAACACAACCAAACAUACCUACAUCACUCAACACAACCAAACAUACCUACAUCACUCAACACAACCAAACAUACCUACAUCACUCAACACAACCAAACAUACCUACAUCACUCAACACAACCAAACAUAUCUACAUCACUCAACACAACCAAACAUACCUACAUCACUCAACACAACUAAACAUACCUACAUCACUCAACACAACCAAACAUACCUACAUCACUCAACACAACCAAACAUACCUACAUCACUCAACACAACCAAACAUACCUACAUCACUCAACACAACCAAACAUACCUACAUCACUCAACACAACCAACAUACCUACAUCACUAAAUGCUGCAAAGCAGAUUAUCAGCACUAAUAAAAAUGAAGAGUAGCUAAAUGGGGGGCUAUGGGCUCAAAAGGAAGAUGUUCACACACAUGCCCAGCCCCCAAAGAUCCAAUAAAGUUCCCUUACAGAUACAAACAAAUCUUAAUCUGCCGCCUGCACACAGGACACGUACAACUCUUAAUUCCCACCUUAGCCACAUAAAACCAGAUGAAACACCGAUGUGCCCCCUCUUCAGACAUACUAGUGAGACAGUAACACAUCACCUUUUCGCCAAUCCUGCACUUCAUUACUCCUGCCUUAGUUAAUGUACCAAAUAAAUCAAACUACACCCACAUCCUACAUAGAAACAAAGAACCGCAGUGGAGAGUGUGUAAAUUCAAGAGGGUCCAAGGGCACAUGCCAAAAUGGCUCUGGAUCUGAAUGACGAUGAACAGCAUAAACCUGGAUGUUAUUUAUCAGUCUAUGUUUUGUAAGGAAAGGAGAAAACUGAAAUAAGCAUAGCAUUACAUGGAUUUAAGACAAGGCGAUCUUUCUUUUUUGUUUUACAGACACAGGUUUCAGCAGUGUUAGAUCCGACUUCUCUGCCAAGGUACCUGCCCUGUUGAUGCUGGAUGAUGCCACAGGCCUGCUGGUGAACAUUGCCAUCCACUGCUACAGUGCUCACUGCUCGGGGGAGCUAUUGUCCAUCUAUUCAGAUUUUGAUAUCAGGGUCAGGAAACUGGCUGUUGCCUUCCGCUACUGGGCCCACGUAAGCGAUUCAGAGUUUAACAAUCUACUGACCUUGUCAUUCUCAAAGGAUUUCAAUUAUUUCAAUAAUUUUUUUUUUAUUGUGGUGGUUUAUUAUUAGAUUUUAUAUUUAUUUUGAAUUAAACAGUGGGUUAGGGUCAGGAUUGUGUAUGCACAUUUAAAUGUCAAAUCCAGUUUCAUUGUGAGCAGCAAAUGCCAACAUUUUGUUUUGAUAUGAAAUAUUGGCUUUCUUAUUAUAAACUAGAUCAUGGUAAGGCACACUUUAAUUUUUUUUUAAAAACAUAAAUGAUCUCAUCCUGAUCCAAUGGCCUUUUAGACGUGAGCCUUUCCACCUGGAGCCGAUGGCGCACAUGUUCUUCAGCUGGUUAAAAUCAGUGUGUAUUUUCUAUUUCCUCAGAUCUGUGGCUUAGAUCGUCAGAGUGACGGCUUCUUCCCACCACAAGCCCUCAACCUUAUGGUCAUCUACUACCUGCAGGUGGUCUCGCCGCAGCUGGUCCCCAUCAUUAACCCCCCUAAAGUGAGUUGGUUCUUUCAAGAGCCAGACACGGCCUCUGUUGUUACAGUUUUUUUCUUCUUUUCUUUCUGCCUCUACAUUUCCACAUCUACUUUUAUAACACAAGGUCUUGUUGAUUUUUUGGAAAAUGUGACAGUGUUUCUAAAUGUUUGCCCAACAUUAUGUCAAUAAUUUGUACUAGGUUAAUGAAAAAAUUACUGAAUUCUUCUUUUUUUUUUUUUAAACCUUAGUUUAGAAAUCAAUAUAAUGCAAAAAAUGAGAAAAAUAUUUAUAUUUCCCAUGGUCUUUUUCACAGGUAAUAUUUAGUUGAAAAUGUAAAUGAUAAAUUCUUUAUAAAUAUAUAUACAUUAGAACAUUUGUGUUAAUUUCAAAUUCUUGAUAUGCCCAUAUAUAUAUAUCUCUGUGUGCAUCCAAAUAGGUCUGUUUUUGUCAAUCCCCCCAUAUUCUUUGUUAUGCCAAUGGGGUGACAUUAAGGGUGUCUUUUUUUUGGUCCUCAGGUUAGCGGGGAGGACAUUGGAGAUUUCCGCAAAGACCGUCCUGCAUUUGAAAAGAUGAGAGCAAAGGUAAACAACAAAGAAGAGUAACUCCAGUGAGGUCGUGCUUUAAGAUUUGAAGUGCCCCUUUUUUUUUAUGAUGGUGACGUAAGCGUUUGUUGUUUGUCAACAACAGUUUAUCAAUGAAUAAACUUGUUUUCCCAGAUAAAAUAAUAAUUUUAUAAAUGAAGGUUAAAAACUUUUUUAUGAUGGCUGAAUAAAGAUAUACUUAGGCCUUUUGGCUGGAUUUGGCCAGAUGAUAAUGUAUUGUGGUAUAGUUAUAACUUGGCAUAAAUGGGGAGGUGCUAUAAAUAUUUAGGUGGAAUAGAAUUUAGGAAUGCUUACAUAACAGGAAAACAAUCUUCAGGUGAUGAAAUACAGUAUGGAGAAGAGAAAUUCAAUGGGCUUAGGAGAACUCUGGUUGGGACUGCUGCGGUUUUACAGCCUGGACUUUGAUGUGUCCAACACAGUCGUCUCCAUUAGGACCAACGUUGACCUUAGCCGCAACACAAAACCAUUCAACAGCCGGAAACUUGCAGUUGAAGGUUGGUUUUCAUGGCAUUGUUUAUUGUAAAUGCUAAAAUUUUCCUAGUCUUCCAUAUCUUUGGGCGUUUCCUUCUCUUUGUUACAUUUUAUGAUAAAAGCCUCAGAAAACCACAGUUGUGUCAACAAAGAAAUUAAUGCUAUUCAAACUGAUGAAAUUAUAGAAUAUUCCUUGCAUGGGGUUUUAUAAAUCAACAUUUUAUUCUCAACCUUUGCUUAUUUUAUCAGGAAGCUGGCUUGAUUUUACAAAAUGUUUCUUUCAGGAUUUUAAUUUGAGUUCUGUUUAGAUCUGAAGAGUCAAAAAGGAUUUCUUGUUUUUUUAAAAUCAAUUUUAACAUUGAUUUCAAUGAAAGUCCUUUUUUUGUUUUAAAGUUGAAAAUACAAAUGAUAACCUCAUUAUUACUGGGCCCUAGGUGGCCAAGCACUGGGUGGCUGAGCGCUGGGGGGGACCGAGCGCUGGGGGGGGCCGAGCGCUGGGUGGCCGAGCGGUCUAAAGUGAGUCAAUCCCAAGCACCAGAACCCCAGGUGGAUGGGACUCGUUAACCUUAGAGGCAAACUCUAAAAUCAAGGUGGUAUGACAUUACAACAAUGAAAUUUCCAACAACUCCUGCAAUGUGGAAUUCUUAAAGGGCAUAGUGAGACACACAAAACACUGCUGGUCAUCUACUGCAUUCUGGUCCAUUUCCAGUCAUCUCAACCAAGUCUUGCCAUGGAUUAAAAUAAUUAAAUAGUCCAAGACAAGAGAGUGUGUUAAACAACUCUCCUUCACUUUAACCAAAAUACAGCUCUAGUCAAGGCUACUACACAAGUCGAAACCCAAGGAAGGAAGAACAAUAAUAAUAGCUUACAUUAAAACAGUUGUACUAAUUUCACAUGCUUGAUUUGCCUCUUUUGUAAUUUUAUUUAAAUGAUCAUUACACUACAAAAAUUAUAUUGUAAACCUUCACAGAUCCCUACAUGCCUAAGAAGAACAUCACACGAAUGGUGAACAACUCGCGCAUCUAUGAGUACUGGCAGGACUCCAUUAGGAAAGCGUUUUACUAUUUUGGCUUGCCUCGCAACAGCCAGGGCCACUCUCUCAUAUCUGAGGAGGCCCUGAGGGAGAGGAGCUUGAAAGAGAAGUCUGAAGCUUCCACCAGUGGAGCCAAGCCGGAGCCCAAAACAUCAUACACCAAGGGGACAGCUCAGCAGGCCAGCAGCGGUGGCACUGAAAAGCCCAAAGCCCAGUCAGAAACGGAGGCUGUGAUCAGCCUGUCCGGAAGCGACGCGCUGGCAAACUCACAGUCUGUGAAAAUACCACCCAAUCCGCUGAUUGCCAGCAGCUCCAAAGUGCCUGAGGCUAACAAACAGCCAAGCCCCCAACAACGGACAGCUGGUGACCUGGCCGUCACCACCCUCACACCAGACAAACAAAGCUCGUCAAAGUUGAAAAACAAAGACCUUGAUUUGCCUUCAGCAGACCAGCCUGAUAACACUGCCGUUAAAAAUAAACAUGGCGACAAUUCCAAUGUCUUGCCAGUUAAUCAUCCAGUGCAAAACAACGGCAAGGAAGUCAGUCACUUUGCUCAAGGUUACGCUGUUGACAUUAUUGGCAAAGCCUUUGAUCAGCUCACUGUGCAAACCUCGGAUUCUGAUAAGGAUUCAAGCAAGGACUCUGCAAAUGCUAGUCUAGAUGAAGGAAAUGCCAGCUCAGAGUCUGAUGAAGUUAGUUCUCACUCAGAGGCAUCUUGUGAUAAAUCUGAGAAAUACAGUCCUUCAAGUGCAGAAGAGCAGUGCAAGUAUGAGUUUUCUGAAGAAAAUUUCAUGACCGAUGGAAAGGUGAGUUAGCUAAUUUUAAUUUGUGGUUGAAAUCAGCUACCCCUUCUCCAAUCACUAUAACCACAUUCCAAUUCUACUCACGCGAACCACUCUCUCACCGAACAUCAGCUUAAACCACUCUCCCUAUAUCCACCAAAACCACUUUCUCUCCCCACCAUCCACCACAAUCCACUUUCUCCCCAACAUCCACCACAAACCACUUUCUCCCAUCAUCCACACAAACCACUUUCUCCUCACCAUCCACUGGACUCUCCCCACCAUGAAGCCAAACCACUCUCUCCACCAUCCACUCAAACCACUCUCUCACUACCAUCCGCUUAAACCACUCUCCCCAACAUCCACCCAAACCACUGUCUCCCCAAAAUCCACCCAAACCACUGUCUCCCCACCAUCCACCAAAACCACUUUCUCCCCACCAUCCACCCAAACCACUUUCUCUUUCCACCAUCCACCCAAACCACUUUCUCCCCAUCAUCCACCCAAACCACUCUCUCCCCACCAUCUAUUCAAUCCACUCUCUCCCCAUCAUCCACCCAAACCACUUUCUCCCAAUCAUCCACCCAAACCACUGUCUCACCAUCAUCCACCCAAACUACUUUCUCCCCACCAUCCACUCAACUCUCUCCCCACCAUCCACCCUAACCACUUUCUUCCACCAUCCAGCCAAACCACUCUCUCCCCACCAUCGACUCCAACCACUCUCUUACUACCAUCCGCUUAGACCACUCUCCCUAUAUCCACCCAAACCACUUUCUCUUCCCACCGUCCACCACAAUCCACUUUCUCCCCACAUUCCACAACAAAUCACUUUCUCCCCACCAUUCAGUAAAACCACUUUUUCUGGUUUGGAAGGAAUGCAGGGUUGAUAAUCCAAGUAAAAUUUUCAGCAAACAAGAGGAAUAAAAUCAAUUUUUAAAUCCUUUAUAUUAACUUUGCUAUUGUUCAUGUUAGGGGCAAAAUCUUCGGAAGGCUAAAUGACCCGUCUAUCAAGCUGAAACAUGGCACAUAGACUUAUUGCAGAUAACAACACGUUCUUUCAAACUUUCAGCUCUACCCCCAAUCCCUAAAAAUCAGUUUAUCCUGUUUUUCAAGAGGAAGCUAACUGACCAAAUUCCCAUCAUCCAAUUGAGCUGAAAUUAAGCACAUAUGCUCGAUGCCAGUGAAAAUACAUUCUUACAAAUUUUAAAUUUUCAGCCCCAUCCCCAACACUCAGUUUUUUCAGGGGAGUGGGGGGAAUGUUAAUUCAAUGGGUGCGUAUUUUGGUAUGAAAAUUAAUUUUGUAGCUUUUGCUAUGUGCUUUGUUAUUUGUGAUAUAUUUGGGUAUGCAGUAAAAAUAAAAUGUAUUUUUGAAGGGGAAAAUGAAGGAAAUAUGAAAUAUGAUUUCUCCAGAAGUUUACCCAUUUACAUAACCGCUUUUAAUAAAUGAUAAAUAACAUACAAUUGCACAAAUGCAAAGAAAAAUACAUUAACAGAUUUAUACAAAAUACUCUUUUUUUUAAAGGGUUGUUUAAUUCAUGUAGUAUUUUAGAUGGGAUGAAAAUGCAAUUUAUAUUAUUUCAAUCAAGAGCAGCUUUAUUUUUAUUUUAUGCAGCCUUUUUUUCUUUAAGAUGCAAAAAAACCAUCGGGGAAAAUUCAAUGAAAUUUCUUAGUAUUGUUAAUUUUUCCAUAUAUGAUUUUUGUUAAUUUGAACCAUUAACACAGUGUUUGGCAACCAUUUCAUUCAAGUGAAAUCUAAAAUGCCAUCUAAACAACGAAGUGAUUGCAUUUCAGUGCAGCAUAAAGGCUGUGUAGCUAAUCAAUAGACCAAAGCACAAGGUUACAGCGGCUAAAUUUUUUUAUCUUGUUUUGAAACAGGCAUCAGGUAUUACAAACAUAUCGGUUAAUUCCGGAGAAUUUCAAAGGAGAUUUGUGGUCAAGUGGUAGUGAAUACUCUAGUCGUUCUCUUGGUUCGGCGUUGAUACGUUUUAUGUCAUCUUCUUUUCUUUUUUCAUUUGUUUUGCUCUUCAACUUAAAAAGAUAUUUCAUAGUUUAAAAAAAAAUUGUUUUAUUAAAUAGCCCCUGAAUUAGCUUAAGACGUGAAACAGAAAAAUAAAAAUAAUUGAUUGUUGCUCAGUACAUUGAACAGUAAUUAUAUGCAUGCUGAGUAUAAGUGUUUUAACUUAACCGUCACUAGAUGUGCUGGCGUUUAAAGAGUCCACCCUGCCUGCUGCUCCCAAUUUUUUUGUUUCCAUUUAGAAAUAGUGUAUAAAAUGGCUCUUAAGUUUAAAAAAGAGUUGCCAACCCCUGUCUAAACAGAACCUCUUAUCUUGACCAUGAAGUUCUCUUCAUGAACCUGUUUGUCUUACUGUGCUCAGGGCCCAACAUUAGUGUGUACAUACUGUGAGCAGGAGGGCCAUCUCAAGAAUGCUUGCCCAGAAGAUGAACUGCCUGAAGUUCUGCCCCUACCACCAUUGACUCCAAUGCACAUAAAGGUCUUGUCAGAAACACUCAAUAAAGUUCCAUGUAAGUCCACAGCAGUUAUUCCUGAUAUCUAGGCAAAUGUCCUGUUGACUAGGAAAAUGCCUUAUUUACUCAGCAAAAGUCCUGUUAACUAGGCUAAUGGCCUGUUAACUAAACAAAUAUCAUGUUAACUAGGAAAAUGUCUUGUUAACUAGGUAAAUGCCUUAUUUACUAUAAGGGUUAGCUCUUACAUUAUUUAUUGGCACAUUCCAUAUAUUUAAACUAGUAAUGAAACUUAAAAGACCUCAGUAUUACAGAUAUGUAUGUUUAUCCAGAGCAUAUUAUUUCAUAUACUGUAAAUGAAUUGUAAAUGAUUGUUAUUCUUAAUGCAUUGAUUCCCCAGUGCAUAGUUACUUAAUUGAAAUUUUUAAAAAUAUUAGACCAUUUCAAUGUUACAUUAAUAUAUUUUAUAUUACCUUUGUGAAUUGCAGCAGAGGUUGGCCUGAAUGAUGAGAGCUUUGGAGACCGUGUCAUAUUUCUUCAGAAUUUGGAGGGAUAUAUUCAACAAACAUUUGACGGUCGGUUCUUUGACUUUCAACUAUUUGACAUUAAUUUAAUGUUAUUUCCACUGACAUUCAUUUUGUAACUGAUAUAUUGGGUGCUGGGCGGCGUGGAGCGGUCUAAUCUGAGUCAAUGCCAAGCUUGUGUACUGCAGCUCAAUCACCAGCAAAAGCCUAGAAAAUGCAAAAAACAUCACCAGCACCCCGGUAGGAUGGGACUCAUUAACCUUUGAUGGCAACUCAUCUAAGAGAAGGAAAAACUCUGACUUCAAACCCUGACACAAGGUUCUGACAACUCUUGUGACGCUACUGUUGCCGAGCUUUAUCAUCCACAUUUGAUGUGCCUUUUGUCUAUCCAGAUGUCUGGAGAGGUGAUUUGCUGUCUAUAGAACCAACCAAAGGGGAAAAAAAUCCCAGACCAUGUGAUUUUGUCCUGCAAAGCCUAGGCCAUCAUCACAUUGUGAUGGACGGAUGCCCAUAAAACUGAGAGCUGUCUUUUCAUAUUUAAAAAAUAGCUUUUUUGUAGUAGUUAUUUAUUCUUGUUAAUUAAUUAAUUACUCUGUGUUUCCUUUCUGUAGAUGCUCAGCUUGCUCUAUUUGGAUCUUCAUGCAAUGGAUUUGGAUUUGAUAAGAGCGAUAUGGAUAUUUGUAUGACAUUUUCCAGAAGAUCUGGAGUGAGUCUGGCACUUUGUUUUCCUUUCUUUUCCUGUUAAUUUUAUCUUGUAAACUUUCCUUUCCAUGGUGUUCAAAUCACUUUGUUCCUUUUCCAGAGUGAUGUUACGUUGUUUUGUUUUUAUAUUACUUCAUUAGCCGAAGUAAAUAAGUCCUUAAAUUAUUUCAUAUGUUUAAAUGUCAAAUGUUACAUUCUCUGUCAACUAGGAAAUUAUUAUCUAUUCAUUUGAUAUAUUUAGAUAUAUUCUAUGUGGCUUUUGAGUGCAUCAUUCUCAUAUUUGAAGUUUAAAUGUUUAAUUUAAUUAAAUAUUGGAACUAAAAAUACCUCGACAUUAUUUUUUAUUUAGAGUUGUGACCUGUCUUGAUCCCACCAAGAAAAUACCAUGUUAAUAAAAAUUACUACUGUUUCAGAAAUUUGACAAAAUAUUUGUGAUAGAAACUUUGGCAAGGAGGUUAAAACAGAAUAUGGACUUAACAGCUGUGCAGGCCAUCACUACAGCUAAAGUCCCCAUUGUCAAAUUUACUGUGAAGAAAAACAACCUGGAAGGGGACAUAAGCCUCUAUAACACCUUGGUUUGUUUUUGCUACAUUUUGUUUGAAGGGACACACUCAAUUUUAUAGUGAUGAAUGGUUUUCUGUGUAAAAAAAAAAUUAUUUUAAAAUUAGUAAAAGUAACACCAUCUUUUAUAUAUUUGUUUAAUAAAAACCCUUAAAAAAAACAUACUUUUGUGAGUAAAAUCAAAAUAUUUACACCAGGCCCAACAAAACACAAAACUUCUGUACUGCUACAGCAAGAUUGACCCAAGGGUUCGAAUUUUAGGGUACUCCAUCAAAACAUUUGCCAAGGUAAGAAAACAGAGCUACUGCUUAAAAAUUUAGUUGAUGAUUUCAUAAUGACACCAGGACACUUUUUGUUAUUGUAUGGAUUUUCUGAUACAUAUUGCAAACACACAUAGUAGUUGGUCUAGCUUGAGCUAAAUACCAAGCCGUUUAGCAAUACAUCUGAAGAAACCACACAAAAACAGAACAUUAAAAAAUAUAGUAUAUGUUUUGCAAAAUAAUUGUUGGGGGUACCAGGUAAAUGCAUUCUCAUUGCCAGGUCUGUGAUAUUGGAGAUGCCUCCCGUGGCAGCUUGUCCUCUUAUGCCUACAUCUUGAUGAUGCUCUACUACCUGCAGCAGGUCAGGCCAGCAGUCAUUCCUGUUUUACAAGAGGUAACUGCUUUUAUAUUCUCUGUGCAGCCAGUACUUCUCAUAAUGCAACAGUGCUGCCAUUAACUGUCUGUUAGCUUAUCGGUGGUUCCAUUUACCCUCUUUUAUUUUGAUCAUUGAUACUUUUAACUAUUUUAAAUCUUAUCAGUGCUGCCAUUAACUCUAUUUUAUCUUAUGAGAGGUUACUAUUUUGUGAUCUGCUUGUUGCAGUUAUAUGAAGGAAAAACAAGACCAUCAUUAGAAAUAGAAGGAUGUGAAGCCUGGUUCAUGGAUGACCUUUCUAAACUGGUGAGAUGUAUAGUCCAAGUGUAUCAACUUAUGUAUUUUUAUAUGUCUUAACAAUAGUGAUGUUUUUUGUUUUUUUUGUCUUUUACAUUUUUGUUUUGGGUGGUGCUACCUAAAAAGAAAAUGAAUUUGGAGAUAAAAAUUGAAAGUAACUGAAGACAAUUGAGACACACAAAAAAGUUUCAAUACUCUAACUUGAUUUUUUUUUUCCUAAUAAAUAUGACAGGACAAGUUUUGGCCAGAAAAGGGACAGAAUAAGAUGACGGUGGCAGAGCUGUGGGUAGGCUUCCUCAGAUUUUAUGUGGAAGAAUUUAAUUACAAGGAGCUGGUUGUUUGCAUCAGACAGAAGGAGCCACUCACCAGAUUUGAGAAGUUGUGGAAUGGGACCAGCAUUGCCAUUGAAGGUUACUUUUUUUUUUUUUUUUUUUACAAAAAAUAAAUUUUACAUUUACAAUGAAUAAAUAAAAUGAAUAAAAUAAAAUCCAUUUACUCACCAGAUUUGAGAAGUUGUGGAAUGGGACCAGCAUUGCCAUUGAAGGUUACUCUUUUUUUUUUUUUUUUUACAAAAAAUACAUUUUACAGUUACAAUGAAUAAAUAAAAUGCAUAAAAUAAAAUCCAUUUGUGGUUGAAAUAUUGUGAUAUGUAAAAAAAGUGGAAAUAAAUGAGGGCAGAUUGCCAUUAUAUCUGAGUUUCUUUUCAAUGAUGACGUUGUAUUUUUUUUAAAAAAUCAUUUUGACUCGUUGGUAGGGAGGGAGGGGUGACCAAUUCAAUAUCUGAAAAAGAAAAGACUUCUAACUGAUCUGGACUUGGCAUGGCAAACCCUUUUAGUCAGUUUUAUAACACUUCACAUACUCAGAAUUCCUCAUCACAUCUGUUUAUUUGAACAGCAGUAGAAUGCAUAAAACUUCAAGUUUGAGUCAUAAAAUACUAUGCUGGUUUUGUUUUCGUUUUGUGAAUUUAAAGGCAGACAUUUUUUUUCCCCCGCCAGAUCCAUUUGACCUGACUCACAAUUUGGGAUCAGGAUUGACCCGAAAGAGUAAGCAUCUGUCUUUUUUAUAAAUUAAGUUCAAUAAUUUAAAUCUUAUAUGAAAAAAAAUAUUCUUCUUGCAUACAAAAAAAAAUCAUUUAAAAAAAAAAAUAUAUAAUUUCUGUUAACUUCAUCUGGAUGAUUUUUAAAUAUUAAUAGUUUGUUUUGGUUUUGGUAUCACAUUCGCACCUUGUAUUUGUUUACAGUGAACAACUUCAUCUUCAAGACAUUCAUCAAUGGCAGGAUGCUGUAUGGCAGCCCCAUAGAUGAUUGCAUGGAGAUAUUUAAAUCCUAUCAGUGCCCAUCUGUGAGUCUUGGCUUGUUGUGUCACUCACUACAUCACAGGGGUGGGUUUAGUUAAUACUUUGGAGAGUGUCUUAGGUGCCUCCAAAGCCUGCAUCAAUGAAAUAUAUUCCAAAUGAAAUGUGUAUUGCAAGGGGUAUAACCAGUGCUAGCCAACUGAUAGUUACAUCCCUUCCACCUUCUAUUUCCCCCUUUAUUUUACUCUUCCAGAUUAUUAGCAUUAAGCUCAGAAAAUCUGGCUGUUCAAAAGAAUUUGAGCUGGCUUACUUUAGCUUUGGAUUAUCUCCCACAAUAACAAUCUUAAUGUUGCUUGUGUAAUAACUCCGUUAUAUGAUUUGUUUCCUUGGUGGAUGUUUCGCAUAAACAUUUCUACUGACAUUUCAGGACUACUUCUUUGACACAGAUUUGCUGUCAGAGUGCCGUCCUCCAAAUGUCAGAGGCUGCCGCAAGUGCGGCAAGAUGGGUCACCUGAUCAGGCACUGCCCAAGCAACCGCAAAGAGGAUGACCAGAAGAAGCAGCAGUCUCAGGCUAAUCACGGCAAGCAGCAAAACCCCAACUCUCAGUACAAGCAGACACCCCCACCCCAGAGGCAACAAAGGCAGCUAACCCCCCAGAAACAGCAAGGGCAGAGAAAUCAGCCUCAACUUCAGGAGAGAGAUAUACGUGAUAAAGAGAAGUAAGGGGGGAUAUGUUUGUAUGCAUCUCUUAAUAAAGAUCAUCUUGCCUAGUCAUUUUGACUCUCAGUAUUUGCAAAAUUUACAUAUUGAAUAGAAAAUAAACUGACAAAAUCUGCCCAUGCCAUAAUUCUGGAUAUAAAGAAAAUUCUAGGAUCCUUCAUAGUAAUGUUGUACAGGGAAUGCACUCAGUCUUUCUUGUUACAGAAGAGAAAGAGAGAGAAGCCAGAGUGAGUCUGGAAAUCAGGGAAAUUCUUCAGCCAACAUCAACAGGAACCAGCAAGCACCAAAAUCCCAAGGGCCACCUUUUACAGUCAGUACAAUUUCUUUUUCUGUCUUUUUUAAUGCUUUUAUUUCAUUUAUUGUUUGACUUAAUUAUUUUUUAUGAGAACACUCAGAAUUUUUAUGUUUGAACUUUCAGAAAGGAGUAAAAUAUAUAUAUUUAAAAAACAAAAAAACAACACUAUUAGCCAAAUUAUGAAAACUUAUCUUAUAAGUAAAUUUAUUGAACUAUUUCUAACAGUAUGGCAUCACAUAUUUCUCUUUUUCAAAAAGCACCUUAGGGCUGGGAACAUUUUUUUUUAAUGAGAAGCCAUUUUAUAAAUUGUAUCUACAAUGUUUUCAGAGUCACAAGCAGGAGUUUAUUAUAUACAGGGUUCCUGCAGCCCCCCUGAAAUUCCAGGAGCUCCUGGAAAUCUCCUGGAAUUUGAAAAAAAUGAUAAAAUUCUGGGAAAAUCCUUAAAUGUUAACAUUGCUCCUUAAAUGUACUGAAAUUUUUGUUGCUGCAGAGGGCGGGGUAAAAAAAAAUCUUGAUCGCGAUAGUUAUUUUAUUUAUUUUUUGUCUAUUGAAGUCAUAGUCUAUUUUUAGCCCUUCUAUUAUCAAAACGAAUUUCCCAUAAUAAUGAAGUGGUUUCCCAUUAACUGCGCAUGCGGUUUACAAGUUUCGGAUAUGAAAUGCUUUGAUAGACCAGAAUUUUUUUUGUUCUAUUCAGUUCGCUGAACGGAUUUUUUGGGUAAGUAUAGUGUAAUAUUACUAAAAUACAGUAAAUAGAUAUUUAAAUGUAGUUUUUAAAAAAAUAUUCAGUAACUAUUAUGAAUAGAAAAGUACGCGCCCGAUUGUUGUAUAAAUUGACUAAGCUUAGCCUAAAAAAAAAUUAAAGUUGAUUAUUUAAUAGUUUUAUUCUAGGUUGUCCAAGCUGGAGAAAAAAAAGCGUUUUUUUUUAAGGGUCAUUUAUUUGAAAUUAAAGUUUUCAACAGCAAAAAUAAUUAAUCCGCUUAUAGUACCGGUAGUAGUGUUAAAGUUAAAGGAAUAAAAUUUAUGCUCGCGGCUGUUUAAGUUAUCUUAGCCAUAGAUCUACUCCAGCCCCAUGACCAACAUAACAAUUCAAUAACAUCGACACAUACAAUGAAUAAUUCAUAUUUUUUUAAAUAGAGUUUUAGUUCUAGAGACCUUAAACUUUAUUUAUUUACUUUAUUUAAGUUAAUUUUAAUUAUUAGAGAAGGCCUUCUAAAUAGGCAAAUAUUAAAUAAAAAAUUAUGUUAUGUUAUUUUUGCGUUGCAUAGUUUACAAUGACUUCGGAACUUCAUUUAAAAAUUAUUAAAACUAGCUGAUGCAUCCAUUGAGCAUCUUUAGUCAUUAGUUCUUAUUUAUACCUGUAGUUAAAAAUUAAUGCACCCCUGUGCUCUAGGUAUAUUUUGCAGUAUUGAUUUUAGUAUUAUUUGCACAGUUGUGUGGGGUUUUUGGGGGGGGGGGGGGGCUCUUUAGAGAUUAAAAAAAAAGUGGUUGCUUGGUCGUGACCCAUUCCCCAGUUUAAAAUCCGGAUUAAGUCAUGACAUAAGCAGAUGCCUCUUAGGUUCUCUUCUGCCUCUGUAUUAUUAGUUAGGUAACAGUGUAAUAAGGCAUAUCUUCUGUUAACCCUAUUGUAGACCUUACAUGAUAAUAUAUUAAUUAUGUUUUGUUUCACUAUUCAGGGUCUAGGGUAAAUAAAAUAACAGUUCCUUUGAAGACUGAUGGUUAAAAUAGCAAUCCUGAUUGAACAAGCCAUCACUACUACUCUAUACAAGAAAUUGACUCUAAGCUGAGUUUAUCCUAAGCUAGUGGACUGGAGUUCAAUCUUCAGAAAAUGCCUAGACAAGCAAAAACAUCACCAGCAUGCCGGGUAGAUGGGACUCAUUAACCUUGAAGGGUAAUUCAUCUAAAAGAAGGCAAACUCUGAAAUCAAACCCGGAGAUGGAGUUCCAUAGGCAAUAUGACAUUGACACAGUGAAAAUUCCGACAAACUCCUAUGACGUAGAAGCAUAAAGAGCAUAGUGAAACACACACACUCACUGCUGGUAAUCUACUGCAUCCUGGUCUAUAUCCAGUCGUCUUGACUAAUCCAGACCUGUUUACUUUUAUGAUUUUGGCAUAAAAUGUACGAUUUUGAGGUGUAUACCUUAAAUAUACUGUAUGCUUUAUUUUUACUACUAAGAUGGUGUGUUGAACGAUUUUGUAAUAUUGUACGAUUUUAAGAGUUUGAGGGUAAACAGGUGUGCUAAUCUUGCGAUUGAAUCAAAUCGGCAAGGUCGAGAGAGGGAUACUGAUAAAUUAAGCAACUCUCCCUAAGUUUAAACAAAAUACAGCUCACAUCAAGGCUACUGGUCCAGUCUUAGUGAUCUUCAUGUGUACAGGACGAACAACAGUACUGGAAAUAUUGAUAUCGAGUAUAUUUGCUGGCCAUGAAACUUAAGGGAAAAUGAUCAAUAAACAUCAAUCAUCUGAGACUUCCUCUAGUUCAACUUCAGUUUUUUCACCUACCUCUGAUGUCCACUUUUGCAACUUCUUAGUCAAGCUUCCAAGUUAUGCAUAUUUUCGGAAAUAAAUAUGACAUACUUUGUGAUUGAAAUGGAUUAUUUUAUAAGUUUAUUAGUUAUUUGUUGUCAAACAUCAAGUACAUCUUAUCAGAAACAAGUUACUCAAUUGUGUGUCAACUAGGAACCAGAGUACCUAACCAGUACAUCCUUAAAUGAAAUAAUUUCUUUAGCAUUAGCAGUCAUUAGAGUAAGAACUGUCACUAUGUAAGUGCAUUUAUGUUCUGUCACUACAAAAAAUUGUAUAAAUGUACAGGGUCUUUUUAAAAAAUGUCCUGGAAUUUUGUAUUUUCUCCUGGAAAACUCCUGGAAUUUUUUUAGAUUUGGCGCAGAAACCCUGUAUAUAAUUGUCAUAUUGGAUUAAAAAAAGAGCUGGAUCUAUUCCUUCCUGAGCUGUGGGUUCCCAACCACUGCCGUAGCUGACCCAAAUCUAGGAUCUAGCCCUUAACACAUAGUUCUCCACUGGUCUACUUUCCACAGCAUUCUCAAUAUAACUUAGCCUCCAACCCAAGUUUGCAGCCUGUAACCCCAGCACAGCUGAAGAAUUUCCAGCAGACUCAGAUGUACCACAACAGUAACUACCAGUACAAGCAGCAAUACAGUAUGUCAUACCAGCAGCAGCAGCCUAGGAGAAACAUGGGGCCCUCUGGGCAGUCCUCUCAUGGUUACAAUGCACCACCACCACUCCUCUCUGGUCCUAUGAGGUAAGUCCAACAGACAACCACUUCUUCUGACAGCUGCUAAAUACAAAACAACACAUAUUUCACUUUUUUCUUUUUUUUAUUAUUGCAAUUAUAUUUGUACCUUUGAUGUCUGAAAUAUGGCAGUCAACAUUCCUGUGCAAUUAUGUGAAGCAUAUUUACAGUGUAAUGUAUUUUUAACAACCAGAGACUGUAUUGUUGAAAUAUUUCUUAUCUCUUCUGGAUUUUUUUUUUUCUUGAAAGCUUAAUGUCUUUUUUUUUUUUUUUUCUUAAAAAAAUAAAUAAUAUUGUCUUCUCUGUCAUGCUAUGAGGUAGUCAUUAGGUUCAGAACUAAAAUCAUCCAUGAGAUUGCCUCACACAAUUUAAAUACGUGUUUCUCACCGCCAGGCCCCCUAUGGGUAACAUGCCCCCUUUUGUAUACAACCACCCAGUGCCUGGUCAACCCAACUACCAUGGUCCUCAGAUGCAACCAAAUGCUGCUUUUAGGGGAUCACCACCUCAGCAGGGCAUUUCUUACAAGUAAGGAGAAUGUCUUGCUUUUAUAGUCACUGCUAUUUUAUCCAUUGAUAUCAUCCGUAAGAUUUAAAAAAUAGCCUAACCUGCUUCAAUCGAUUUAAUAUCCUGGUAUAAUUUUUUUUUUUCUAAAAAGUACAAUUUAAAAAAAAACAAAACAAGAAUCUUGAAAACAUGCAGCACAUUCAGAUAAGUCUUGGAGAAUACCUUUUUUAUACCCGCAGAAUGAAUGGUACAAUAAACAAACAUAACAAUUACACCAUUCAACCGUUGGGCAUCAAGGCCAGUUGAUCAGCUUAAAAGUGGAAUUUUUAAUUAAUAUUGCAGAUUUGGUAUCUUGUGUGAAUUAAAUUUAUUGUUAACUUUUUUAUUCCAGUAACUUAAUUUUUUUUUAAAAUUAUUUUAAAAAAUUACAUUUGACUCAUUGAUUGCCAUAUUUGAAUAAUUGACUUUGUGAGCAGUUAGAUCACAAGCUUUCACAAUGGUUACUUUCUCUGCCUUAAAUUAAACAAAUUUCAAGUGGGAGAAAUUUUAAGUAAACACUGUCUUAUUUUCAUUCAUCAAAUGUAUGGAAAGCCAAUGAGUUGACAGGUUAAUUUUCUUUAUGUUUUUUUCAGUUAGUUCAUUGUUUUUUUCAGUUAGUUCAUAACUUGAAACAUUGAAACAACUUGUGAUUGUCUGUUGUAAUUUUUUAAAUUACUUAGUAGUCAAGGCGGAGUUGGUCCUAUGCCUGGUGGCUACGGUAUAUUAGCUGGUGGUCAGGGUGGAGUCGGUCAAGUGGGAGCAGGCCAAAUGGGACAGUUUAGCAUGAACCCUGUUGUACAGAGUAUUUUUGCUAGCGCUCAUGGUCAGGUCAGUAGAGGUUUAUUUAGAUUUUUUUAAAAAAAUUGUUUUGUGAAAAAAGAAUAGUUAAUUUAAAUUGCUAAAUGUCAAAAAAAAAAGAAAACAAAUAAUGUCUACUCAUAUUCCCUGUUUGCUUUAAGUCACUUGCGCAGUUUUAUUUGUCAUGUCCGCAGCAAUGCCAACAUGUCUUUGGGUACCUGUUCAUGUUCUUUUCCAUUUUUUCAUUGGCCAGAUUAUGGAUGGUGGCAGUAACCAAAUUCAGAGAAGGAAGCAAUAGGACAUGCCAAGUAGGAAAUUUAUUCAACUAUUUACUUUUUUUUGUUUUAUGCUUUCAUUAUUCAUAUCCAUAAACUGGUAGUGUUACACACCAUUGUUUGUAUUUGUGUAAGUUGGUAAGGGGCUGUUAAAGCUCUUAGUACAAUGGGUCUGUUUGAUCUGCCUCUUGAUCCAACUGAUCCAUUUAUAAAGUACAAUCUAACAUGGGCUUGAUUCCACCCCACACACACCCCGAAAAACCACCCCCACCCAUUAUUUGUUUACAACUGAUCCAUUGGUCAACAGUUUGACAUUUAAGUUUCAGCAUCUUGAGGAAAAAUUUUUUAAAACUUUGCUUUAAAAUUUAUGAAACUGAAGUAAAGAAGGUAGCAGUCAAAGAAAAAUUAUUUCUAAACUAUUUAAAAUACAUACGUUUGUGCAGUUAACUUUUUUUUUUAGCCACAAUUUUUAAAACCUCUCUUCAGUGCUCUGGUUUGCAUUUGAUCAACCAGCCUUUGUACUGGGUGGCCAAGUGGUCUAAACUGACUCCAAACAGCUGGCGGUCUGGAGUUAAAUUCCAACUAAAGCCAACAUCCCAAGCACCCCGGGUGAAUGGGACUCGUUAGCCCUGGACAGAAACUCAUCUAAGAGAGGGAAAACUAUGAAUUCAAACCAGGAGCCAGAAGGUUUCAAUAAAUUGAUCGUGGGCCCUCAAAAUAUAGAAGAAUAGAAAUCAAACACUUGUUCUUAAUGACACCCAAUUUUUAUAUUUUUAUCUAACAGUGCUACAAAUAUUACAGCUUUGAUUUGUUGAGUAAUAAAUUCCUAAAAAUGUUAACUUUCAGAUCUGCUCUUUGAUCAUGAUGACUCUACUCUAGCCUUGGCAGAUCGGGAUUACCAAUGGCUUGGCCAAACUGGUCCAUAAUUCUUUUGCUAAAAAACUGAUUCUAAUAAGUGGUCUGGCUUUGGCACACUGGAUUAUAGACUUCUAUAGUUAUAACUUAAACCACUAUAUAAAUUAGUGGUGAUUUUAUCAUUUGAUUUUUUUUUUUUUUAAAGUUACUUUUAUCUCUGACACAUUUUUAAUCUUCCCUCUUGAAGUAAUUUUCCCUGGAAAUUAUUUUUAAUGUUGAUUUAAAACAUUGUAUAGCAUCUUGAAACCUUUUUAAACUUAAUAAAUGUUGCUGUUUUUUUAAAUUAAAACUACUGAUCACUCUAAGAUUAUUCACUAUAUUAUGUUAUUAACUAUAGAUAGAAUCAACCUUGAAAUGGAUUAAAUUGUCACUAUAAGAAACUACACUUCAUGGUGGAUGGGGUGUCAGAUUUUGUUUGAAUUGUACACUGAAUGUUUCAUGUCCAUAUUAAUUAUGUAAGAUUGAUAUUAUCGAAAUUGUAUGUUGUGUGUCUGGCAGAAAGGAGUGAUAGAAAUUAUUUUUAACUUCCAUUGAUUACGACCAUGAUUAGAGCCUCUAGCUAGGUGAGUAGCACCAAACUAGGGAAGAUGUUCCAUUAGAUCAUAAGAUCAUCUGAGGCAUCAUAUUAAGUCCAGGAGAGAAAUAAAAUGAAUUAGAAUAAUUUAUUAUAAAACAUGGGGGAAAAUGGGGGGAGGGGGGGAUAAUAAGAUAAUUUCUAGCUUGGGCUACCUGAGGUUAUCUGCUCUUGAAUAAAUAAGAAAAGAUAUUCCAAAUAUUAAUUAUUGUUAAAAACACUGAACUAUGAUUUCUGAAUGUUUUGGUAAGGAAAAGAAAAUAUACAGAGUGGGUUGAUGGGAAAACCUGUGGCCCCUUUACAGCUUACGUUUGGGGUAUCAGAUCUUAUUUUUUUUAGAAGUGCCAGACGUGUUUUGAAUUCAACAAAAUUAUGGCAUUUGUGACCUUCAUCAGUUUAAAUAAAAGUUUUUUUUUUAAACAGUAUUUAUUUUAAAAUCAUUUUAAAAAUCUAAGUUUAAUAAAUUGAGCAAAUCUUGUAAAACAAAUUUGGAGCUAAACAUGACACACUGCUGAGUAGAAACAUUUAAGCGGCAAAGAGAAAAAAAUAACAUUUACACAGGUGGUGAGAGAAAUAUGCUUUAUUAUAACAUGUAUACAUUUUAGAAACUAAAUAAUGCUUAGAGGUAAACAAAUUUCUCAAAGUUGAUGAAUGAAAUUCUAAAUAUUAGGCAUGGUGAUUUAUUUCUUUAGUUGCCGUACUGACCUGUAAAUGUAGCUCUUUUUUUUUUUUUGUGUGUGGAAAUUUUUUUUAACUUACAGACCUACAUGUUAAAACUUCAUGCAAAUAUGUUACUAAAUAAAUAAGGUUUUAUCUGUAUUUGAGCACAUUGUUACUUAGUGUCAUUUAUUCCAUGAGGUGUGGAGCCAUUGAUUACUGGCUUAGGCUUUACUCAGCUCAGUUCAAAUGUAGCUAAGUGGUGACACAGAACUGAAUAAAUAAAAUCAAGUAUUUUUUUAAUGAGGAUUAUAAUUAUUUGUAUUUAAACAUUCAGUUUGACCGAAUUAUUUUUUUUUAUGCCUAGCUGCAGUUAAAGUUCUUACUUAAAAAGCCCACGAAGUGUAUGAAAUAAAAAAAAUUAUUUUUUUAUAGAAGGCUGUCUUCCUCUAAAUUUACAUUGCUUGUAUUGGGAGAGAGGGUGGUGUUUCGUUAAGGGGAAAUUAUUGAGAUAACUUAUUUUAACGCAAAAAAUUUCAUUUCUAUAAUUACUUAAAGUAAAAUUACAUGAAC